UGCAAAGUCAACAUUCUUGUAAAACCUUCCAACUAGGUACCGAGACCCUCUCAACACAGCGGCCAUGCUUCUUUCCUCUUGACCUUACGUGUGACGUCGAAGAAGAAGGGAAAGCACUGAACUGCGUCAACGAUUGUUUUCAUGCCACAUUUGGAUUCCAGCCGCUGAUGAACAUGACAUUUGGCCAGUGCUGAAUGAUUUAUGGCACUGUUUCUGGACAGGACUUCAUUAGGCAACAACAUGGACACAUCAAACUUCGCCCACGUCAUCUUCCAGAAUGUAGGGAAGAGUUACCUGCCCCAUGCUGCACUGGAGUGUCAUUACACCCUGACACAGUUCAUUAAACCACAUCCAAAGGACUGGGUUGGCAUAUUCAAGGUUGGUUGGAGCACAGCGAGAGACUAUUACACAUUCUUGUGGUCACCUCUCCCCGACAGCUAUGUGGAAGGCACCGCAGUCAACAGAACAGUGGUCUUUCAGGGAUAUUAUGUACCCAAUGAUGAUGGCGAGUUCUACCAGUUCUGCUAUGUGACCCACAAAGGAGAGAUCCGUGGAGCCAGCACUCCGUUCCUGUUUCGUGCCAGCAGCCCUUCAGAGGAUGAGCUGCUGACUGUGGAGGAUGAAUGCAACUCUGACAUCCUGGUGGUCACCACCAAGGCCAGCUUCCUUGAGCAAAAGGUGGAAGAAGCCCAGAGAGAGAAAGAUGAGCUGAUCACAAACAUGGCUCUCCUGCAGCAAGAGAAAGAGCAGCUGGAAGCAGAGAAGGAGAGCUUGCAGAAGGAGUGUGAGCAGGAAAAGGAGACAUGCGCCCAGCUGAAAAGGGAGAACCAAGAGGUGCAGAAUUCUGCCCAGGCCUUGCAAGAGGAGAAAGAGGAAGUUAAGAGGAGGCUGGAGGAGGCCACAGCCAGGGUGUUACAGCUGGAAGAAGACCUGAUUGGGGUCACCCAGAAGGGUCUACAAAAGGAAACUGAGCUGGACAGUCUGAAGGAUAGAGUGAAGAAACUUACAGCAGAGAAGGAGGCACUUGAAUCUCAUCUCAAGAAUGAGAAGGAUGAGAAGGAACUCUACAAGAUUCACCUGAAAAACCGAGAGUUGGAGAACACCAAACUGAGUGCAGAGCUGCAGAUGCUGAAGUCUGUGGAUGUGAAUAAGGAAAACACCAUUGCUCAGUUUAAAGAAGAGGUGGGACGCCUGCAGGCGUGCCUCACUGAGAAGGAGAAACAGUACAGAGAGAUCUUGGCCAAAGUUUCCCCCCUGGGAGAUAUGAAGGCCCUGAAGGAGCAACUGCGACAGAAGGAGGAGCAGCUCCAGGCUAACCAGCAGCACUCCACCUUACUGGCUGCUGAGUUGCGAGAUGCCUCUAGUACCCGCGACCGCACCAUGUCUGAACUGUAUCACAUGAAGUUGGAGGUCGAUGCCCUCCGGCAGGCCAAAGCUGAAGCUCAUGCCCAAUGUGUCCGUCUGGAGUGCCUGGUAGAGCAGAUGAACACAGAGGCCAAGCAGGAAGCUGCCAAAGCAGAGGAAGAGGCUGCUGCAGACCCAGCUGUUUUAGCAGAGCUGCAGAGGGAAGUGGAGGACCUGAAGCUGCGUCUGCACAUGGCCGCAGAACACUACAAGGAAAAAUACAAGGAAUGUCAGCGACUGCAAAAACAAGUGCUUAAGCUCUCUGAACAGCAAGGGGAUCAGAAGAGAAGCUCAUCACAAGAGAUCACCACAGUACCUGCAUCUGUGAGUCCAGACACAUCUGUGCCAGGGAGUCCAGGUUCUGCAGAUCCCAUGCUGGAAGCCAUCAUCCAGGAGAAGCUCAAAGGCAUAAGCAGAGAGGCGUCCGACAGGAACGACAAAUACAGGAAAUGCAAGCAGAUGCUGAUGGAGGAGAAGGAGCGUAGCUGCAUGUUUGCUGAUGAGCUGGCCAAGAUGGAGGUGAAAUUUAAGGAGCAACUGAAGACCAAUGAGAACCUGAAGCUGCAAUUUGCAUCAGAGGAAGACCGCUGCAAGAGCCAGAUAGCAGAGAAGGGACGGGAGCUGAAGGAACUGAAGGACACACUAGCACUUGUUGUGAAAGAGAAGGAAAAACUGGAGGGGGAGCUUCAGAAGGGCAGCGCCAACAGCAACAGGAAGGGGGAUCAGGGGGGCAGUGAGAAAACCAGUAUGGAGUGUAUCCAGUCCAGUGUGCCUUUAUUCCUGCAGUAUCCUGUCCCUUACACCCAGGAUGCUCCCACCCCUCUGCUAGUCUCUCAGAGCCCCAGCAAGCUGCAUUUUGGGAACCCUUACUCCAUGUCAGACUCAAAAGAUGAGGCAGAUGAGGAGUUCUCAGAUGACCAGCUGCUUAGACUCCCCCCUGUGGGACCGCCCUCUUGGGACAGCAAUGUGGUGUGUAUCCAACCCACCCGCAAUCACAGCCGGCCAGAGGGCCCCGAGGAGUCAGAGGAAAAGCAAAACAACAACGGUAAUACCAAUGAACAGCCCACAACAACUGAAACCCACAGCCCAUUUGUGAACGAUGGACAAACUGCCUUUUGCUUUGAUCCCAGCAUGGACAUGAAACGAUGUCCACUGUGUGAGGUCAUCUUCCCACCCAACUAUGACCAGAGCAAGUUCGAGGAGCACGUGGAGAGCCACUGGAAAAUCUGCCCCAUGUGCAGCGAGCAGUUCCCCCUGGACUGCGACCAGAAGGUGUUCGAGAAUCACGUGCUCACCCACUUCGACGGCCACACACUCAACUUCGACUAAAGAAGUGGAGAAUCAGCACAUACAGUCUGCCUACACCGAAAUAAAUCACUCUGCACUCUUUUCUGCAUGUAAUGGUGUGAAGAUCAACUCUUUAGGACUAAACUUUCGCUUUGUUACUUCAACUUAGAGAAACACUUUGAAGUGAUGUGACAUUUUAAAAUGGCAUUGUAAUUCUGUGUUAAUCACAGAUACCGAAUCUGUUUGCAAAUCAGAACUUUUUUUAAUAGAUGAAAGAUUAAUUUGGAUUUGAAUAAUAAUUUAGGGGGAUAAGACUGUUGUACGUGCAUACACCGACUUAAAAUUGACUCGGUUCUCACAGAUCUGUUAGACUACAGGAAGUAACGAAUCAGGGAAAGAAAUAAGUGUUUACCAAACUUACAUUUGACCCCUACAACCAAAUGCUUCCCCACUACACAUCACUGUACAAGUCAUCUGCUCAUCCUUUAUAGACAGCAGCGUUGGUGCACUAUAUGCAGUCAGGGAGAAAUCUUGUGUGAUUACAUCAAGACAUGAUUAUACAGAAUAUCAUCAAAUCAUCUAUUUUAGAAUAAUUAAAGCCAAUGAUAUUAUGAAAACCUUGAUACUUUGUGUAUGAUAUAGAUUUGUUUUCUGUUAGGUUUCCAUUGUUUUGACUUUGAUUAUUUAGUUGGGAUAGUGUCAGGACCCUUAAAAUCUUCAUAUCAUCGUCUAAUGCAUGCAUGCUCCGCUUCUGUUCAAUUUCCUUCUUUUGUUCCUUGCUUUUACAGUAAUAAGUUAUUUUAUUCAUAGACAUGUUUCAUUUGUUAAGUGAGUUUCAUGUAUCUAAUAUUACCUAAUAAAGUCUGUUUGAAACUGA